AAUCAAACUGUCAAACUGUUUUAUUGUUGACGUAUUCAAAACAGACAUGAGACAAUUUUAAAUUCAACAAUUUAUAACAACAAAACAAUAAUCAUCAGUUUUUUAUCAGUCCUUAAAUUUUAUUUUUUAAACCGAUUAAUAAUUUAUAAAAUCAAAUUAUCUGUGCUACUAAUUUGCUAACACUAUAGUUUUGUAUGAGUAUUUAUUAUUUCUUUGUUAGGUAUUUAUUAUUUUGUAAUCAUAGAACUGUAAAACAGACAAAGAAAUCAAUUAAAAGUGCAAUAAUAUUUUUACAUUAUUAUUUCGUAAACCAGUUACUAGUAAAGGUGACCGUCAAACUGCGUUAAAUCAAAUACCGAAGAUAUUGGUUAAGCAAUAACUGGAUAGGUAAUCAAAACUUGUUUUGGUCACGCAAAACUAGCGAGAUUACGUUUGCCGCGUCAAGUGGAUCUCGAUUAAUCGUGUGUCGUCACGUCAGUAGUUCGCGUUCGUUGGCGCGGGGUUGUCGUGUUUUUCCGUGCGUAUAUUCUUACGACUCAAAAUGAGCAAAUCUACGAGUGUUAACCCAGAUUUACAAAGAGAAAGGGAGAAAUGCACCUUUAACAUAACAGAACUUACUAAUUUGUUGGAUGGCGGCCCACAUAUGACCGAGGAGAGGAAGCGAAGAGAGGUGAUGGUAUUGAAUGAAGGUAUCCACAUUGAGGAGGUGCCUUCAGAAUACUUGAGUCACAAGGAGAAGUAUGAGCUAGCUGUGAAGAAAGCAUGUCUCAUGUUCAAGCUGAUACGCAGGCUCCAGGAGGAAGAGAAUGCUGGCAUGGAGAGCUUCAGAGCAUUCCUCGGCGGUACCCUCGGUUCAGCUAUCCUGCAGGACGGGUCUCCUCUAACACUCCACUACGUGAUGUUCAUACCAACGCUGAUGGGACAGGCGACCGUGGAACAGCAGGCCUACUGGAUCGGCAGGGCUUUCAACCUUGACAUCAUCGGUACUUAUGCACAGACGGAACUUGGCCACGGCACUUUCAUCCGUGGGCUGGAGACGACGGCUACCUACGACGCUAAGACCAAGGAGUUUGUACUACACAGCCCCACGCUCACAGCUUACAAAUGGUGGCCUGGAGGAUUGGCCCAUUCAGCCAACUACUGCAUAGUGAUGGCCCAACUGUACACCAACGGCCAAUGCCACGGCAUUCACCCAUUCAUCGUCCAACUACGUGACGAAGAAACGCACAUGCCACUCAAAGGCAUCAAGGUUGGCGAGAUUGGCGCCAAACUUGGCAUGAAUGGCACCAACAAUGGCUUCCUUGGCUUCGAACACGUCAGAAUACCUAGGGAACAUAUGCUGAUGAAGAAUUCUCAGGUUCUUGAAGACGGUACAUACGUGAAGUCGCCUAGCUCAAAACUAACGUACGGUACGAUGAUGUUCGUCCGUGUGGUCAUUGUGAAGGACAUGUGCAACUACAUCGCUAAGGCCGUCACCAUAGCAACGCGCUACUCGGCCGUCAGGAGACAGUCGCAGCCUAAACCAGAUGAACCCGAGCCUCAGAUCCUGGACUACUUGACGCAGCAACACAAGCUGAUGGUGGGCAUCUCCACGGCGCACGCGUUCCAGCUCAGCGCCGAGUGGAUCUGGAACAUGUACAACAAUGUCACCGCUGAACUAGACGCCGGAGACUUGGAGCGGUUGCCUGAACUGCACGCGCUGUCGUGUUGCCUGAAGGCCAUAACGACGGGUGACGCGGCGGAGUGCGUGGAGCGGUGCCGCCUGGCCUGCGGCGGACACGGGUACAUGCUGUCCUCCAACCUGCCGCAUACAUACGGGCUCGUCACCGCCGCCUGUACUUACGAGGGGGAGAACACCGUGCUACUGCUGCAGACUGCCAGAUACCUAGUAAAGACGUGGCAACAAGCCCAGGGCGGUAACUCCCUGCCCCCCACGGUCGCGUACCUAAGCCGCGUCGGCGCCGGACGCCGCGUGCCGCCGUGGGACAACUCCAUCGAAGGCAUCAUACACGGGUUCCAACAAGUUGCUGCCGGUAAGAUCGCAUUGUGCGUGGCGAACAUCGAGAAACGCCAGAAGAGUGGCAUGGCCUACGAAGAUGCCUGGAACAUGACAUCUGUGCAACUAGCACAGGCCUCGGAGGCACAUUGCCGCGCGUUCAUCCUGUCCUCGUACUUCGAGGAGACGGAGCGUCAGGUGAAGGGAGUGUCGCCAGCACUGCGGGAGGUGUUGCUGCAGCUGGUGGACCUGUACGUCGUCUACUGGGCGCUGCAGAGGAUCGGGGACCUGCUCCGGUUUACAUCAAUUUCUGAGCGAGACAUUGAGAAGCUGCAACAUUGGUAUGAGGAGCUACUCACCAAACUGCGACCUAACGCCGUCGGGCUCGUCGAUGCCUUCGACCUACGGGAUGAGAUUCUGCACUCCACCUUAGGUGCGUACGACGGUCGCGUGUACGAGCGACUGAUGGAGGAAGCGCUGAAGAGUCCUCUGAACGCGGAGCCAGUCAACCAGAGCUUCCACAAGUACCUCAAGCCGUUCAUGCAGGGGAAACUGUGAUAGAACAACUUAAAUAUAUAUAAGGAAGCUGUUUAGAUAUAAGAUAUAGCAUGUGAUUUAUUUUUAAUGGCGCAUUUGUAUAAGGUCGUUCUAUUCAAUCAUUUUUAUAAUUGGUUGUGAACUGAGAAUUAUUAAAAUUUUAAGAUAUUGUUAUCAAGAUUAGGUUUGAGUAUCUAACCAGGUGGUUUAGUUACCGGUGAUAAUGUUACUUAUCAUGUAAUUGUAUUUAAAUUUAUUAAAGGAAGGACUUUAAAAAUAGGUACUGAGUUUUGUCACAUAUUGUCCUUAUUUUAGAAUGGCCUUAUUAUUUGCGCUUUUACGUGAGACUUAAAAAGGUGUAGAUUUUAUAAUGUAAAUCAUUUUAAAUGGUUAAGGUGUCUUAUCAUGUAAGAAUAAAAUGACAAAUCAAAUCAAAUGUAUUUUUUAUAUUUAUUUAUUUCAAUGGCUUGGUGGUGGACGAAAAUCAUUCCUUAUUUGCAUGGUGCUACAGUAUUACUCGCCUGGAGAUUUUGAAAGAGAUUUAGAUUUAUUAUAAAUCAUUUACAAUAAAGUUUUAUAUUUUGUUUA